AGGGGGUCCGGCGGGCCUUCCCGCAGAGCGGGCGGCCAUGGCGCUGUCGCGGGAGCUGUCGGAGGCGGUGUCCGGGGGCCGCGUGCUGGUGGUGGGCGCGGGCGGCAUCGGCUGCGAGCUCCUCAAGAACCUCGUUCUCACCGGCUUCUCCCUCAUCGACCUGAUUGAUCUGGACACCAUCGAUGUCAGCAAUCUCAACAGACAGUUUUUGUUUCAAAAGAAACAUGUCGGAAGGUCAAAGGCACAGGUUGCAAAGGAAAGUGUUUUGCAGUUUUACCCUGAAGCUAAUAUUGUAGCUUACCACGACAGCAUUAUGAACCCUGAGUACAACGUGGAAUUUUUUCGGCAGUUUAUACUAGUGAUGAAUGCUUUAGAUAACAGAGCUGCUCGUAAUCACGUGAAUAGGAUGUGUCUGGCUGCUGAUGUCCCCCUUAUUGAGAGUGGGACCGCUGGUUAUCUUGGACAAGUAACGGUCAUUAAAAAGGGAGUGACAGAGUGUUAUGAGUGUCAUCCUAAACCAACCCAGAAAACUUUUCCAGGCUGCACAAUCCGGAAUACCCCUUCAGAACCUAUACACUGCAUCGUUUGGGCAAAGUAUCUGUUCAAUCAGCUGUUUGGAGAAGAAGAUGCUGAUCAGGAAGUGUCCCCUGACAGAGCGGAUCCUGAAGCUGCCUGGGAGCCAGCAGAAGCAGAAGCUAGGGCAAGAGCAUCUAAUGAAGAUGGUGACAUCAAGCGGGUUUCCACUAAAGAAUGGGCUAAAUCAACAGGAUAUGACCCCAUUAAACUUUUCACCAAGCUUUUCAAAGAUGACAUUAGAUAUCUACUGACCAUGGAUAAACUGUGGAGGAAGAGGAAAUCUCCGGUACCAUUAGACUGGGCUGAAGUACAAAGUCAAGACAUCUGUGUAUCAGAACAACAAAAUGACUCCACCUUGGGCCUGAAAGAUCAGCAGGUUUUGGAUGUCAAGAGUUAUGCACAUCUAUUUUCAAAGAGUGUAGAAACCUUGAGAGUUCGCCUAGCUGAAAAAGGUGAUGGAGCAGAGCUUAUUUGGGAUAAGGAUGACCCACCAGCAAUGGAUUUUGUGACAUCUGCUGCAAAUCUCAGGAUGCAUAUUUUCAGUAUGACCAUGAAAAGCAGAUUUGAUAUCAAAUCCAUGGCAGGGAAUAUUAUUCCAGCAAUAGCCACUACCAAUGCAGUGAUUGCUGGUCUGAUCGUGUUGGAAGGCUUAAAGAUUUUAUCAGGAAAAAUAGACCAGUGUAGAACCAUUUUUCUGAACAAAAAACCCAAUCCAAGAAAGAAGCUACUUGUGCCUUGUGCAUUGGAUCCUCCAAAUCCUAAUUGUUACGUAUGUGCAAGCAAGCCAGAGGUUACAGUGAAACUUAAUGUCCAUAAAGUGACGGUACUUACAUUACAAGAUAAGAUAGUGAAAGAAAAAUUUGCUAUGGUCGCUCCCGAUGUUCAAAUAGAAGAUGGGAAGGGUACUAUCCUUAUUUCUUCAGAAGAAGGAGAAACAGAAGCAAAUAACCACAAGAAGCUGUCAGAGUUUGGAAUUAGAAAUGGCAGUAGACUACAAGCAGAUGACUUCUUGCAGGAUUACACACUGUUAAUCAACCUUCUCCAUAGUGAAGAUCUAGGAAAAGACGUAGAAUUUGAAGUUGUAGGAGAUGCCCCUGAAAAAGUAGGCCCAAAGCCAGCAGACCAGACUGCCAAGAGCAUCACUAAUGGCAGCGACGAUGGAGCACAGCCGUCAACAUCCACAGCUCAAGAUCAAGACGAUGUGGUGUUGGUUGAUUCGGAUGAAGACAGCCCUGCAGUUAAUGCUGGUGUCGAUAAGGACGAUAAAGUCCGCAAGAGAAAAUCAGAUGACACUGAUAACGUCAACACGAAGAGGCUGCGUACAGAGCAGACAGAAGAGUUAGACGACAUUAUAGCAUUAGACUAAUUGUAGACUCAAGCCGACAAAGUGAUCUCGCAUUGCGUUGUCUGGGGUUUAGGGUGUGUUAAAUGUUCAGAACUAGACUUCUUAUGACUUGAAAAUAUUUGGGUCCGCUCCUCCUCCAUGAAGCAUUCAUUUUCUUAGAUUCAGUAGAAAAGUUCCAAUGUGCUACACUGAACUAAUAGAAACUGUCCAAAAGAUACUCAAAAGCAUUUGCUGAAACAGGCACAGGGUAAAAGCCCAUAUGGAGCAUGUUCUAGUUUUUUUUUUUGUGUGUGUGUAUGUGUGUAAAUACCCUUAGGUAAAAUUCGGUAGUUUUAAAGAUACUGUGGUUUAGUAAAAUUGAUAAUCUGGUUAUUAACUAUUUUGCCUUUUAUUCUUGGCUAGAAAAUAAGUUAUUUUUAGCCUAGAUCUACCCAUUUUUCACACCCUUGACUAAAUUGAGUUGAAUUCAAAAAAAAAAAAGUAUCAAGUGCUGUUUGUUGAAACAUGUUUUUAAAUGUUAACAGGCACUUUGUACAUUACUGUAAAACAAUGUUAAUUUACUCGAUUUUUCAGCUUGUACUGCCUGGUAUGUUGAUUUAAGAAGCCAAUUUUGUGUAUUGUUAAAGUUUCAGGUUAUUUAUAUUUGAUGUUUUGUAAGACUCCGAUAACAUGCUGUACCUUUAAUGGACCAAAUAAAUGACAUCUGAAAUACUUGCUAUACUUGCUUGCACAGUCCAAGUUUAUGCUGACAAGUUGGAUUUUACAAUGUAUACAUUCUUAGCAAAUACUGUACCAUUUUCAUUUUUUUAAAUCUCUGAAAAACUCCAGCUGUUUACGGUGGAAGGUUCAUUUUUAAAAUAAAGCUUUUCUGCCAAUGCUG